AAAACAACAACAGACUAGAAGCUGAGUGAGCCGCCAUGUUUCGGCCUCAUGUUGCUGUGUUGGGUAACAUCCGGGUACAUUAUGUAAUAACAAACUCACACUGCUGCGAUCUGAUUGGCUCGUUCACUUGGCCGUUAUUGUUUCUAACCAAUGAGAACCAAGAGCCCGGUCACACGGCCUACAACCAGCCAAUGGGGCUUCACUGACGUCAGGUUAUCAUUCCGUGUGACGCAUGAGGCCGUCCGUUAACAGUUACCAGUCGCCAUCUUGUGCGUCGUCUCUAACGGGCGGAUCACGACGCCGAGACGAACCGGCUGAGUUACACCCCACUACCCGGGUAUCGGUCACCAGCAGUUAGCUGGAGGAGUUGAUGGACUGCCUGCUACUCGCUGGGUAUGGUACUGUAGGUCUGAGCUGCUCGGAGAUGGAGGAUAAAGCCGGGAGAGAAGACGCCUGCGGAGACUACCAGUCCUCUCUGGAAGACCUGACAUUCAACAGCAAGCCGCACAUCAACAUGCUCACCAUCCUGGCGGAGGAAAACCGGCACUGCGCCAAGGAUAUCGUCGCUAUUAUUGAAGCGCAAAUAAGCAAGGCCCCAUCUGCCGAGAAGCUUCCAGUUUUGUACUUAGUGGAUUCCAUAGUGAAGAAUGUUGGAGGAGAGUACCUUGCAGUGUUUGCUAAAAACCUAAUCACUUCAUUUAUAUGUGUCUUUGAAAAGGUGGAUGAAAACACUAGAAAGAGUCUGUUCAAGUUGAGAUCGACGUGGGACGAUGUGUUUCCUCUGAAGAAACUGUACGCGCUGGAUGUCCGGGUCAACUCUGUGGACCCGGCAUGGCCCAUCAAGCCGUUGCCGCCCACCGUCAACGCCAGCGCCAGCAUUCACGUCAACCCCAAGUUUUUAAAACAGUCUGAGGAGGCGCCCUCUCCGCAGCCUGCGCCCACUCAGCCGCCGGCUCCGCCGCCACCACCGGCGCCGCCCGCUCCCCAGCCGGUCCCGGUCCCGGUCCCGGUCCCCGUCGUCAGCCCGUCCAGCCUGACCCAGGAGCAGCUGAUCCGACAGCAGCUGCUGGCCAAACAGAAACAGCUUCUGGAGCUUCAGCAGAAGAAGAUCGAGCUGGAGCUGGAGCAGACCAAAGCACAGCUGGCGGGUGGAUUUGUGAUCCCGACUCCGGUCUCCACUGCAGCACAGAGCAUGUCGGCGAAGACCACCAGCCAACCUGCUCCCGUGGUCCGACCGUGGAUCCCUCCUCAGACGCAGACGGACGCUAAAUCGACCACCAGAGACCCCCGUCUGAACCGCACCGGCCCGCCGGCUGCCUCCCAGUCCAAAGAGCAGCCUGCCGGGAAGAAAGAUGGCCCCGCCACAACAGGAAGUCCUGCGCUGACACCUGAGAAAUCCACCCGGCCAGACAAGGUCCGGACACCGAGGAAAGAAGUGUCAGAGGAGAAGCCCAAGUUGAAGCCGCCAUCUCCGAUGGUCAAAAGCGUCCAGAGUAAAAACAAACAGACGGAGGCCGAGACUCAGAAGUCGGCUGACGGCACGAAGAAAGAUCCCAGGCUGAAGAAACGCACGCAGGACAAGACCGUAGAAUCCAAAGACGAGGACGUGAAGGAGAAGAAACGCUGCACCGACAAGAAGGAGCGAGAGGAGGCGGCGGCCCGAGUUGCCGAUCUUCAGAGGUUCAACAAGGGCAAGAUGGUGAACGGCUCGGUGCCCAAACACGACCGCGCCGAGUCCGCAGAGAAGCCCGAGUUCAAGACCGGAGGCAACGCCCGGACACAUGCCAGGAAACGCACCCGCUCGCGGUCCAGGUCCCGCUCCCCCGCCUCCUCCCCGAAGAGGAAGGACAGGCCCAAAAGCAGAGCCAGGAGCAGCUCCUUGUCCCCGUUACCGUCGCACAAACUCGGCAAACCCAGGAGGGUCCGCGCAGACGAACCGGAGCACGGCAAGCCUGGCCGAGGGGACCGGCUCGUGCUCAAGAAGAACCAGUCGGAGAGCAGGAGGUCAAAGAGGCCGGCGGAGGACCGGCACUCCGAGUCCAGAGACUCUCAUUCUCCACGGAGCCACGACGGCGGCGGAGGGGAGGUCAAGGAGGCUCCUCACCGCUGGAGGAGCGGCUGGGAGGAGAACAAACAUCCAAAGCUGCCGGAGGAGUCUCACGUGAAGCCGGCACCUCAGAGACACAAACAGCAGUACGGCACCCCGACUCGCCCCACCACCCCCCGAACCCCCAAGCACCGCCUCAGCGUGGACGCCAACCUGCAGAUACCUGAAGCCCUCAACACCGCCUCCAAGAAGGACCUGCUCCGGAGGGCCAGUAAGCGUCUGGAGAGCGGUGAGAUUUCCCAGGAGGACUUCCUGAACAUGGCCCACCAGAUCAAACACUUCUUCCAGUACCAGGAGGAGAAGCAGCGCUCCGACAGCUGGGACGACGACGGCGAAUUCUCCGCCAAGAAACUGCUGGCCUCGCCCACCGCCGCUCAGCCGCGGCCCCCCCGAGACCGCAUGGACCCGGCGGAGGUGUCGUACUACGAACACAAGCUCAAACUGAGGAAGACUCAGGUCGCCCACCGAGCCGCCGGGGAGGAGUGGGAAGGCGAGGAGAGCCCGGAGGAGGGGGUCGAGGAAGCGGGGCAGGGUGAGAAGAGCCCCGGACAACCGCUAGCACAUAAAUACAGCCGGGCGCCACGGGAGAGGCAAGGUGAGAGGAGGAGUAAAGAGCGCGAGGAGCCGCGGCCGCCGCUCGGCCCCAUGAUCGAGGAGUACAACCACGGUAAAGAGUUCCCCACCCUGAAAGCUCUACCGGGCCUUCGCUUCAGGAGGAGAGCCGACCCCAGAGAGCCCAGUGAGAGAGAGUGGACCUCGCCGCUGACGGAACGGCAGCGCUUAGACGAACACGAGGAGCCAAAGAGCGGCUACGACGCUCCGCGGAGGUACGGCCCAGCCGCCGACUCCAGGAACCAGCAGGGCCCCCCGCUGCCCGGCACCGUGGUCCACAGGAAGUCUCCGAGCCCGGCCGGUCUGGACGCGCCAACGCCUCGGUUUGAGCGUGAGCGCCUGUCGCCCUUACACCAGAAAGACUCGGCAGAGAUGAGCCCGAUCCCUCGCUUCGAGAGCCCCAACAGCGAGCACUCGGACGACGGGCCCCUCAACCUGGGACCCCCCCCACCUCCGCUUCCCCCCAAAUCCAUCCUCAAGGCGCCGUCCCGCGUCGGACAGCUGUCCUCCGUCCGACAGCACAGCGAGUCCCCCGGACACACACCUCCGCAUGACGGAGGACACCCCCCGCCCCGGUACGACGGGCCCGGACACAUGGGCCCCUCCAGACCACAGCCUCCCGGGUGGUACGAAGGCGGCGGCCCCGGGCGCUACGAUGACUCGUCCCGGUUUGAAGGGCCUCACCACCAGGGUCCCGGCAGGUUCGACGGUGGCGUUCCGCCUCAUCACAACAUGCCAGAGAGGUUUGACGGACCCCACAUGUCUCACGGUCCAAUGAGAGGCGGAGACGGUAUGGGCCGCUUCGACGGUCCACCUCACCCUCAGGGGCCCAGGAGGUUUGAUGGUCCUAUUGGUCAGCAGCCCCCGGUGAGGUUUGAGGGCCCGGGGCCCGGACCGGGUCAUUUUGAGGGCCCUAUGCAGCGCUUUGACGCACCGCGGCGCUUUGAGAACAACAUGGCUCCCGGUCCCGGAUCUGGACCGAUGGGCUUCCAGCAGCAGCGGCCCAUGCGCUUCGACGGCCCUCCAAACCAGAUGGGCCCGAUGAGGUUUGACGGUCCGAUGCACUUUGAGGCCCCCGGUCAGCCCGUACCCAGGUUCGACAUACCCAACGUGCCCCAUCAGGGCGGGCCCCCACUCUACGAGUGUCCCCCCGGCCAGCAGGGCCUGCGGUUCGCUCCCCAACACAACCUGCAGCAGCCCAUGAGGCCGAUGGCCCCGCCCCACUACGACAACCCCAUCGCCCCCCCGCAGAACUUCAACAUGCCCCCCCAGCGCUUCCCCGAGCCCAUAAACACUCAGUUCUCCGCCGGGCCGAUGGCGUUCUCCGCUCAGCCCAACCUGCAGCCGGCAGGAAACUUCAACAUGCAGCCGGCGCCACCGUUCAACCAGCCGGGACCCGCCCCCUUCUACAACCCCGCUGACCCCGCUGGCGCCAUGCAGCAGCCGGUCAACAUCUUGGGGAACCUCAGCCAGCCCUUCCUGCCUUCGAACCCAGUGCCUUUCGGACAGCAGAUUGGACAGGUCGCCCCUCCAGAGAACCACUUCGGUCAGGUCGACGUCAACGACCUGCUGACCAAACUCAUCUCCAACGGCAUCAUCAAACCCUCGCAGCCCGACGCCGCUCCGACCCCCAGCGCCGAACCGAGUUCAACACCUCCGACAGCUCCUCCGCCCGUGGUGGUGGAGGAGGAGGAAGAGGAGUUAGAGGUGGAGGAGGAGGACGAAGAUCUCCCAGACCUCACCGGCUUCAAAGUCGAUGACAUGAAACCGCGUUACGAGAGCGUGGUGACCAAGCUGUACUCAGGGAACCAGUGCUGCCUGUGCAGCAUGAGGUUCACUGCCGCUCAGACCGACCUGUACGCCGACCACCUGGACUGGCACUUCAGGCAGAACCACGCCGGCAAGGUCGCCAGCAAGAAGAUCACACACCGCCGCUGGUACUACGGCCUCAGGGACUGGGUCGAGUUCGAGGAGAUCGCCGACCUGGAGGAGCGAGCCAAGAGUAAUUUCUUUGAGAAGGAGAGCGAGGAGGAUCUUCAGAAGAGCCAGGCGGCGCAGAAGGAGAAGGAGUUCCAGAGUGUGAAAGCCACCAAAGACCAAGUGGGAGAGUCGUGUGAAAUCUGUCAGGAGGCGUUUGAGACGUACUGGGUGGAGGAGGAGGAGGAUUGGUUCCUGAAGGACGCCCUCAGGGUGGACGAAAAGAACUUCCAUCCCGCCUGUUUUGAAGAUUAUAAAAAUACGUCGUCGUACCUCGACGUCACGCCGUCGCCCAACAAGCUGCUCACUGAUCACCCGCUGAGCGCCUUCAUAAAGACCGAAGAGGAGGAGGAGGGCGCUUCCUGUGUUGUUGCCGCCGCCGCUGCUGCUGCUUCCGCUGCGGCUGCUGCCAUCGCCGCCGCCGCUGCCUCAGUCAAACAGGAAGUGAAGACUGAGGCGUGCGAGCUCCCUGAUGUGAAAGAAGAGGAAGAGGAGGUUUUAACAGACGAAGUGCAAUGUGACGAGAACAAAGCGUAAAGCUCCACGUUUUCUUUGUUUUUUAGAAGAAACGUUGAUUUUAGCGUGCGGAGGCGGCGUCCUCCUCAGCGACAAUAACUUGAAUACAUUUUUGUAUUUGGAUCGUGCGCGACCAUUUCAGGUCUCCUGUUUCUCUGUGAAUUAAUUUAAAGAACAACUGUUGUGUUUCCUUUUGGCUCAGAGAUGUAAAUGAUUUAAUUUAUAAAUUAAAGUAUUUUUGGUAUCUCUGGUGUGGAACAGCUGCUGUGUGCUUCCUGUUGACGCUCUGUAAAUACUUGAUUAUUGAUUAUUGAUUAUCGACGGGUAGUUUCAGGUGUUUAAAGGUAAGCAUCAUCCGAUCGGACGACGGAAGACUCCGCCUGCUCUCCACCGAUCGUUUCUCCGGAGGAUCCGAGUCGUCGUCUCCUUUUUGUUUCUCGUUGUUUUCUUCAAUAAAAGAGUCUGAAACUAGUUUGUGUGAAGCUGAUUUCACUUUUCUGUCAUUUAGGUUCAAACGUACAAAUCAAAUAAAGGUUCUAGUUGAUU